AUGAAGAGGGCACGGCAGUGCCUCUUACCCCUCAGGAGGCUGAAAAGAUGUGGUAUGAGCACUGUGAUCCUCAAGACGUUCUGCACCAUCGAGAGCAUCUUGACAAACUGCAUCACCGCUUGGUAUGGCAAAUGCAACGCCCUUAACUGCAAAACGCUACAGAGGAUGGUGCCUAGUACAUCACUGGGGCCAAGCUCCCAGGACCUCUAUAUCAGGCGGUGUCAGACGAAGGCCAUAGAAUUUCCAAAGACUCCAGCCACCCAAACAAUUUGGCAGUACGUCCAACCGGCCUCCCAACCGCUGACCACGUGUAACUACGCCAGUCCAGGGUAUCGGGGACGGGGAUCGGGGACGGGGAUCGGGGACAGGGAUCGGGGACGGGGAUCGGGGACGGGGAUCGGGGACUGGGAUCGGGGACGGGGAUCGGGGACGGGGAUCGGGGACGGGGAUCGGGGACGGGGAUCGGGACGGGGAUCGGGGACGGGGACGGGGAUCGGGGACGGGGAUCGUCUGACGGGGAUCGGGGACGGGGAUCGGGGACGGGGAUCGGGGACGGGGAUCGGGGACAGGGAUCGGGGACAGGGAUCGUCUGACGGGGAUCGGGGACGGGGCUGCUGA